CACAAUGCAUCAUCGCUGCAGACACACCACUGCUCUCGUCGUGGAUAGAAAUCGUUGCCACAUCGAAGCUGUUCCUUUGCUACUCUUGUGUUUUGUGCCAUCAUAAUGGUGAAGUACUGACGAUUAAAUGCACUCUGCAGUUUUAGUAGUCUGACUCAAAGCGGGACGUGCCUUGCACCAUGUCGGCCAACGCUCAAGAUUAUGACUUUGAUGAAUAUGACAAACCCGGUGCUGAGCGGUCACGCAGAAGGAGAGGUCAAGAUGAUCUUGAGAGUGAUUUGGAAGAUGAAUUGUUGGAGGAGGAUUGGCUGUCAGGUAAAAAGAAUCCCUCAGAAGUAUCAGAUGAAGAGCUGAACGACGACCUUCUUCAAAGUGAUGAUGAAGAAAUGAGCGCUCAGUAUGUGAGCCUCAAUGCCACAUACGACUUGGGCACAUCCGAUGACCAGCAGGACAACUCGCAGGAAGCAGACUACACAGAUGACGUCGUGAACCUGGGUGCAGAAGGCUGUGAUGAAGGGGAUGUAGAGGAGGAGCAUUAUCAGCAAGAGGCAUACACAGAUGAAUACAGUCAGGAAGACAACACAGAGACUGAAGACCCAAUGGAUUACCCUGGAGAGAUGGCAGGGGGUGAUGAUGGCUACCAGGGUGAAGUGCUAGACAUCGAAAUCAAUGAGCCUAUAGAUAGUGAAUUUCAAGAUGAUGAAUACCAAACCUCCUAUGGUGUUGAGCCUCUUGAUGAAGAUGGAGUCCAACAAGAGGAGAACCCUGAGGAGAUGGGGGGUGAAGAGCAGCAGGAUGAAGAAGACAUCGCUGAGGGACCUCACACCUACGAGACAGAGGAGGCUGAUAAUACAGCUCUGCUUGAAGAUGAAGCAAAGGAGGAAUCUGAGGAAGAAGAUGAGGAAGAUGAAGAGUCUGGCCGCAUACGCUUCAAAUCUGAGAGAAAGGAUGGCGCUGUUGUGCGGCUGGCGGAUGCAGGCAACAAAAGGAGGAACAUUCCUGAGACACUUGAACUAUCGGAGAAGGCCAAGCAAGAUUUGAUGGAGUUUGAGGAACAAGAACGGCAGAAGAGACAAAACCGGUAUGGAGGCCGAGGCAGAGGAGGAGGGCGAGGAGGCAGAGGAAGAGGAGGUUUCCCUCUGUUUGGAAUGGGAGAGUUUAGAGGAAACCGAGGACGAAUGAAUGACCAGAGGCCACCCCUGAUGCCAAACAUGGGCAUGCAGCCACCCUCACGAAUGCCUCCUCCUCAUCAGCAUCAACUGCAGUCCCAGCAACAUCAACCUUUGCGUCCAAGAGGCCCUCCUACCUUCCAAGAGCAUGGGCGCCCGCUCCCCCAGCAACCCCUUCAGCCCCUCAUCCCCCCGCACAUGGCUCACCGCUCCCCGCCACUGCGACCCCAGAUGGAGCCACCGCCACGAUUGAUGAGCUCCCCGCCCCCCAACUUCCCUCAGCAUCACCAGCAGCAGCCUCCGCAGCCCAAAAACAUCCACAUUAACCCCCACUUCAGAGGGCCUGCAUCAUCCCCUGUACAAGUGCCCUUGAUGCCUCCUGCUCAGAGCCAGCCCAGACCUGCUGAGGGUCCUCAGAGGUUCCCUGGACCGGGAGACUUCCAGCAGCACAUGCCUGGUAAUUUUGGUCAGCCCCAGCGGCCCCCUCAUCACAUGGAGCCCUUUAGGAACCAGCCACCUCAAGGCCCCCAGGACAGAGAGCCCCUCUUUAUGGGAGAACGCACAGAUUCAACACGGUUUCCAGGGCAGCACAUGUUUGAUCACCAGGGCCCCAGCCCUCUGAUGAACAGCAGCAACAACCUCCACCAGCAGCAGCUGCUCGGCCCAGGCCACAUGGGCUUCGGCCCACCAGGACCAGCCUUCAACCAGCCAGGCCAGGGUCCACUAGGACUGUUUCCAAGAGAACCCCCAAGACCCAACCUCCCUCCUCACCAAAGUCACCAGGGGAUGGUGAACAUGAAUCAACAAGGUGGCCCCCCUAACCAGCCCAGGCCUUUCAUGGGCCCUCGUCAGCCGUUUGGCCAGCAGGGGAACCUUUUCCCUCCUCCACAAGUUCAGUUUGGGAUGCAGGUACGACUAAGAGGCUUAAUGCACGGCCCUCCUGUAUCUCAGCUUCCACAUCACGACCAAAUGCCACCCCAUCAGCCCAUGCACCAGCAGCAGCCUCCGCACCAUAGGCAGGAGUUACCUCAUCAUCAUCAGCAACAGCUCGGUCUCAAUGAGCCUCGCCCCAUGAUGCGCCACGGCCAGAAUCCUUUUCAUCAACAGCAGGCGCAUGGUAGCCCCAGGCAGAUGACUCCCCGCCCUCAGAACCCCCAACAGCGCAACAUGUCCAACAGGCAGAGAAUGAACACACCUGUCUCCAAGCAAAUGCAGCCGCGCAACAGCAACCUACGGGAGCUCCCUGUGGCACCUGGCAACACAAACAUGAACAGCGCCCGCCCUGCCACCGCCCCCGCCUCCUCCGCUGCCAACAUCAAGCCUGUUGCCAGGACAACACCGGGGAUGCGUCCUGGGCAGAACACUCAGCCGAUGUCUUACGGUGGAAGAGGACGAGGCCAAGUUGCCGCAAAGACGGAACCACAGCCUGGGGGAGCAGGCAGGACAGUGGUUCGCAAAGAAAUCCCAAGCACACCGUCCAGCAUGGCACCACAGGAGCCUGAUGAGGACGAGGAGACGAGGCAGUAUCGCAUGAAGAUUGAGGAACAGAAGCGUCUGAGAGAGGAGAUCCUGAAGAAGAAGGAGAUGCGACGACAGAUGCAGGCUGGCAUGAGAAAGAAGGAGCUGCUGGAAAGACUUAAUGCCCACACACCAAGCCAAGGCCCCGCUCCUGCACAGGUUCAGCCUUCGCAACCGAAUCCGCAAACACCACACCCUGUAUCACAACAACCACCAGCACCACAGCAGCCACCACAGGUGCAACAAAAACAGCAGCAACCAUUGCAGCCACAACAGCAGAGACCGUUUCCUCAGAGAACACAACAAUCAUUAAAUCAGCCAUUGAGGAAUCCUAAUCAGGGCAACUCCAUCCCUGCCAGCAGCGCUCCUCAGACCCCUGCAUCGCGUCCCAAUGUCAAGACGCGACUACAGAUGGUAAAGGGCAGCAUCCAGCAGCAGCAACAGACUCCCGGGCCUGGUCCAGAUCAACAGUGGAACCAGCCCCAACAAAAUCAGCAGCAGCUGCACCAGCAACGAAGGAACAGUAAUCUGCAGAACGUAAACCGACUUGGCGCUCCAAUCCAGUCUAUUCAGGGUCCUCAAAAGAACGUACUUGUAACUCCUUCAGUGAACCCUGGCCAGGCUCAGCCUCAAGGAGCUAAACUUGGGGCUAAAAGAACUGUGAUGCAGCGAGCCAAGAAUUCUGGUUUCGAAGACCAGCAGGUGCCGCAAAAAGUCAGAGUCGUCAAACUUUCAGGAGCGAGUGGAAAGGGGCCUGAGGCCACCAGCGGCCCAGUGCAGCAACAAGGCACCUGGCCAGCGUCUCCGCUUAACCAGGGCAUCCAAAGGAAGGUUACUAUGACAGGACAGCAGCAACAGGGACCAGGCGGCACACCGCCGGCUAGCCGAGGGGGCAUGGGCAACCCACAGCAAAAUAGGGUUGUCGUGUCGGGCCGAGGUAGAGGGGCGGGUCAGAUGGGUCGGGGUCGUGCCAUGUCCACCAGACAGAACCAAAGAGCUGCAGAGAGGGAACGCUGCACCGUCUCCAUAGAGGGCCUUUCCUCAUCUACAACCGACAUUCAGCUGAAGAACCUUCUCAGGUCCAUCGGCCCCAUAGAGAUGUUCAAAAUGAUUCCCCAGCAGAGGAAAGCCGUGGCUACGUUUUCCAGUCCUCAGCAUGCAGCGAGCUUCCAAAUGAGCUUCCACAGGCAUAUGAUUGAUUUGUCCCACAUUGAUGUGUCGCUGAUUGAUGGAUGAGGAGCACAAUAGAGCCAGGAAGGCCUCUUAUGUGAAGUCACUAUCUCCCGACGCUGGAGCCUCGUGCACAACUCUACCGUGGUCUAAGAAUCUUUCGUCAUCUCUUUGGGGUCGCUGAUAUUCACCGUCGUUGCACAGAAGCGUCACUCAUCAUUCGUCUCGGAGCAGUGAACACAAAGACAUUAACUGCGAGCAUGCCUGUGUUUGACUCUGCCUACCGGAUGUCUGUAGUUGUAAAAAAAAUGGCACUGGAGAGACACUGGACAGUAAAUAUCCUACUCUGAUGUAGUUUGUGGUGAAUGUUUUUUUUGCAUCUUACACCAACACUAAAGUAGAAUUUAUCAUGGGAUAAUGGUUGCUCCCCUCUUCAGCGAGAUUCACGAUGAGAAAUAGAACAGCACACUUGAACGUAAUAAUUAAAAUAUCACCUCUUUGUAGGUUUUUUUUUUUAUUUGUUUUUUUCUACAUCAUUUGUAGUUUGGUUGUCAUGCAGCUAAUUGUUGUGGCAGAAUGUGGUCUGCCUGUCCAUGUGGGAUUUUCCUUCGCAGUGUUUCUCCCCGCCUGUAGAUGGCAGUAUUUAAUCACUGUUGGUGUUUCAUUCUCUCCAACCCAAGCCUGCUCUCAGGUACCAUCUCCAGUCAGUUUUUUGGUCGAUGGCACUACCUAGUGGGGAUCUUGCGUACAGGCACAGGGGUGGCAUUACUAUGAUUUAACAUUUGACACAGAAACGGUGAGUGAAACCGAAUCAGUGUAGGCUGUAACAUUGGUUUCCUAAACUGGAAGGGGUUUUGUGAAAGUGUAAAUGUUAAUAACUAUCGAGUAGAUUCAGUUUCAGUGCUCGCUCCCGGAUAGAUGGUUCAGAUGUUCCCUCUCAUUUAGCUUGUUUUUUGCUCAUUUGACAUCGCUGUUUGGGUCUUUAAGGUCCUUUAACUGCUAACAUAUUUUGGAUAUUUUGUAGUUGUACGGCUGAUUAUGCAGCAGUAAGAUUUAAGUGUCUUGGCUGUGCUGUGUGUGUUUUGAGGGAGUGCGUAUGUGGACAUUUUUUUUAUAUGUACGGUCUAAAUGUAUAUUGUUGAGAACUUGUCAUGUUUGGGAGAUCUGAGAGAAUCGGUUACAUUUCUUUGUAGGAUAGGAACACAUUUCUGUAAAGUUGUGCGAGGACUCAUUCCUUAAUUUUGUCUGGAAUUACAAGUAACUGGCCUGAAUUCAUAUGACUAUCAGCUGGUAAUUUGGUGCCUUAUCGCUGAGCUACGUAUUGUACCUGGAAUACCACUUUGACCUGUUUUCUGUCACAUUCACAAUUUGGCUUAGAGAAUGGUAAAGAAAUUCACCACAAUACAUACCUCCAUGAACAGAAUUCUCCUUGUUAAAAUGCUAAGUCCUAAAUAUACUGAAAACUCUCAUUACUUUAUUUGGAUUUUCUCUGAGCAUGUGCCCUUGUUUGGGCGCUGAAACUUUAGAUUUUCUAAAUGCUAAGCUAUUUUUUUGUGUGUUUUCCGAUUUGAUUUCACGAAACACCGUUAAACUAAAUGUAGCUCAUCAGUUAGACUUGACUUCUGCUGCUAAAUGAUUUUCUUUUUCUUCCAUCAUGCAACAUUUUUUGUCAGUUCUGGGUUUAAAGGUAAAAACUGUUAACUAAAUAUACCAAAUAGUUCAGACAUUGUUAUCCACACUCACUAAUGACUGAAGCUCAGAAGUAAAAUUUGUGUACGUUAUUCAAAAGAUUGCGAUUUUGGGCGUCGAGGUGGGGGCAACCAUUAUCUGAAUAGUGAUCCUGUACAUAAGUAGGCCAGAAGUGUCACUCAGUAUUUAUCUUGUUAGCUUCUUUUGAGUUAUUGUUACCUCAUGUUGUAUCAUUUUUAUAUGUAAGGAUAUGCUAACAUGUCCAGACAGAAAUCAUUUUACACGUGGUUUGUUUUUAUUUUAGAGCUAAAAUGAGGAAUGACUGGACCACAUUUCUGUUUAUAAGACAUUUGACAAAAAAAAAACUUUAAGGGAAAACAAGAAAAUAAAAACAUGGCCAAUAUACCGUGAACAUGCGGGUAUGUGAAGCCGGUUAUACUUUAGCCCAAAGAUGUGUGGUUGUGUGUGAUGUCCAUGUGUCUGGUGCCUUUUAUGAUGAAGUAUCUUCAUUAUUUGUGCCACAUUUGAGUCAUUUGUACUUUACAUACUCUGUAAGUUCCUGGGUAUUCACAUUGCAUCAUAUCCUAUAUACUUUUAAAAAGCCAUUUGGGAUUAGAGUAUUAAUAGAUUAUUUAUCAUUUUUGUAGAUUUAGAAAGAUACUAUGGCAAGAAACAGUACAUCAUUAAGAUUAAGGGGAAUGUCACUGAAUUUUGUAACUGAAUUUAUUUGCUUUAUAGUCGGAAGGAAUGGAAAAGUUUGGCCUGCAAAUUUAACCGUGAUGUCAUACUAAUGUGAAGCUUCGUGAAAUGAGAAACGCAAUAAUCCUUUAAUUCUGUUUAAUUCCAGUGGGAGAUACGCUUCAGCUUGAGUAAAGUGUGCUAUAAGAUUAAAAAAAGUUGGAGAGUAUCAUUUUGAAAUCGACAUUAUUUUAAUAACUUGCAGAAAAUCUACUUGUGGCUGUGCAUCUGGAUGACAUCACACAUCCCUGAUAUUUAGAGAUCCGCAACUUAUUGGAUGCAUGUGAGAAUCCCGUUCAUACAUUUGGUGGCAUUUCCCUUCAAUUAACCACUACUUGAAAUAAGCCAUAAGCACUAAUCAGCUGCACAUAUUAGAAUCUUGCCAGUCAAGUUCACUAGAUUUCCAACAUACUACAAUUACCAAAGGUUUUGGGGACAAAUGACGUGUUUGAAAAUGUCUGAACCUCUAAAAUCCCUUCUCCUUGUAAAACUUGAGGUUGCGUGAUUUCAAAUUUUUUUAUAUGUUGUUGCACUGUUGUUUCUAAACUGACUUAUUUCUGUUUUAUUCCUUUUCUUUUGAGUUGUCGAGCUGUUGUAGAGUUUUUUGUUUACUCACAUUGUGUAUUUAUUGUGUUUGACGUUGUGGGUCACACUUGAGUUUCAGUGCUGUGCUGAAUCCUGUGGAUUUGAGAGUACUGGCAAUGCCAGUCGUAGUAAUAAUGUUAUAAGACGUUUGGUCUUGUAAUUCCAGAACAGAUUCAAAUUGAAUCUUAUUGUACCUUUAAUUUGAAGAGUUUCUUACAUAUAUGUACUGUGAAUUUUUAGAUAUGGUGAAGUAAUUUUCAUCAGAAAAUCAUUAAGAGUAGGUUAUUUAUUUAAUUAGCAGCAUGGUUUUCUAAUCACACCACCUCAUAUGGUUUCAGGAGUUCUUUAGAUUCUUGGCUUGUCUAUCAGAUAUCAAUGAGGUUUUAUUAAGUUUGCGUAAUAGGUCUUCAUUAUGGAAUAUUUAUAAUACUAACUUACAGCUUUAUUCUGCAGGUCCUUUACGUCAUGAAGGAGGUUUUGCUGAUUGGCUGGAAUGUUAAUAUUUUUUCUCUUUCUUUCUCUUCAGGUCAAAUCUUCUUCAGCUGAGCAGCCAGUUUGGUUAAAAGCAAAGACAAGUGACCAUACCAAGGGUUCGGCAUGUUUCAGUAAAUUACUAUAAUGUCCAACUUCAGGUACUUGUUGUUUUGUUUUGUUCUUUUAAUCUGUGCCAGCUUGUUCUGAAAGCUUGUAGAGAUUCAAAACACAAAACUCAUAGUUGGCUUCAUUUUCUGUCAGUUGUGAGACUUAAGAGUUUAAAGCUCGUGUCCGGAGUUUCCGUUUGUUUUCAAUUUAUGUAUCAUUGUUUAACAAAGCUUAAAUGUGUUAGUCUAGUUCGAUACUAUAAUAUAAUGUUCGUAUGACGCGAUAUGCAAAUUUAUUCAUGAGCUCCGCCUUCCUCUCAUAGACCCCCAUGUUAUUCCAAAAAGCGCCCAUCGGCAGCUAGCCAAUCAAGUUGGAGCUUCCGCUUUGUCAUGCUGUCAAUCAACGGUUACGCGCACAGCAAGCACGCCCAUGCAGAGGUGCGCGAGCUACGCACUACUAAAUGAAGAGUGGACUUACCUCGGAUAUAUCCAUUGUCUGCUAAACAUUUGCUCUAAACAGCAAAACAGGCAAGAUGCUGCAGCACUCCGGGCACUCCUCUCAGGUACUGCAUGCGUGCACAAAUAAAGGGGCGUGACUAGGUAUCUCGCGAAAUCAGAGGGAGGGUGGGACCAACAGUGUUUUGGGAGACGUUGCGAUUCAAACUCGGAGUUUGCGAUUAAAACUCCGGACAGGAGCUUUAAUAUUAAAGUUAUAGAAGUAGCUCCAGUUUAUACCUCUAAAGUGAUCUUCUAAAGCCUGCCCUGGAAGUCCAAACGGGUCAUUUGACAUCAUGUGCUGCUGUUUUUGAAGACUUUACUGCUGACUUAAGCCUUGUUGAUCCUGCUGAUAUUAAAAAAAAAACAAAACGAAUUUAUUUGCUGCAUGUUUUAUACAUCACUGGUGAAUUUAUGCACACAUUUACCCUUAAUUUAUCCUUGUUCCUUAAUUGGAUUUACUCAGCUAUCCACCAAAAGAUUAGAAACUGCAUUAAGUGUUGUCAAAUGACCUGAGAAGUCUGGGAGGUACAAAUGGGUUGAGAACAAAGCAUGCAGAACCGCUGGUAUGGUCCAGUCACUUGUGGUGCUUCCUGUUUAAUCACAUUGGGCCGUUUGAGGUUGUUUUGGUGUCACUGAUUUUUUUUUUUGUUUGUUUUGGAUUCAUCAUCAUGGGAGAAUGAUCUGUGGGAUUAACGUGUACGUCUCUCAACAGCAUGCCGAUGAGAGGAUCCAGCCAUUAUCUGUGUCCAUGAUGCCGCUUUGUCACCUGCUCUGCCGUAACUCAUUCACUAAACACUUCAGGUUCUUUCACAGCUUCCAGCCUUGGAGAGAAGAUUUUACUUCAGUUUGCUUCCUUCACUAAAUAGCCAUUGCUGCAUUCCAGUAUCUGGCCACAUUUCCUUCCAUUUCUGCUUUUCCUCCAUUGCCGUUCCUCCAACUUGCUGUGCAUAAAGUCUCACUGGUCUGUUCCUUGAUGCUGCUGUUGUUGAAUGAACUUAAAACUUCUGUAUUAAGCAGAUUGGCCUGCCCGGAUUGUUUGUUAGCCCAGUGGAUGGAGGUUUCCAUCUCUGUGACGAGAGCCGGGUUCACAGAGCAGACACUAAAGCAAGCUGCUUUAUGACUUUCACUGCACCAAAAGGUCAUCUCAGCUCCUUGACAUUCAUUGUUUGGUUGGAUUUCUUUAACAAAAAGACACUGGUUUCAUCAUCUCCAAACAUCAUGGUGCACCAAAUACUUUCUGAAGCUCCAACCUCUUGAGUUUUGACGAACUGUUCACAAAGCACCUGGUCGUAUGUUUGCACCUUUCACACUGAUGUGUUUUAUGGAGUAAUCUUGUGUUGGAUUAUUCUCAAAUCACUGUGCAAUUUUGUUCUGAUGCUGUAAACUGUGAUUUUACAAAAGAUUUAAGAAGAUGUUGAAUAUUUUUGUAAAAAAAAAAAAAAGAAUGUGUUAAAUUUUAUACCGAAAACAAAUGGAAAAUAAACUUUUUUUAUGCACAUCUAA